UCUUUCAUCAUCUCGAAUGAAUCCUUUCCGUGGUUAUCGACUCGGGUAAGAGCCUAGGGUUCUUUUUCUCUUCUGCUCUCACUCCUUGCAAAUCUCGCGUAACGCAUGCGUUUCUUCACUCAAUCGGAGCCCAGCACUGAUCUAUUUGGAACUCUUCGAGGUUUUUCCGGGAACUAGGGUUUAACUUUUGCCGAUCAAUUUGAUGCUCUUUGCUAUAUCCAUGCUGUCUGUGGUUUUACUGUACUCAAUUUGAUAAAUUAAGGCAAAGACGAUGACCAAGAAGAAGAAUCCCCUGGUGUUUAUGGAUGUGUCCAUCGAUGGGGAUCCUGUUGAAAGGAUGGUUUUUGAGCUUUUCUAUGAUGUUGCUCCCAAGACUGCAGAAAACUUUCGUGCAUUAUGUACAGGAGAAAAAGGUAUCAGUCCAAAUACUGGAAAAUCACUGCACUACAAGGGUUCUUUCUUCCAUCAGAUCAUAAAAGGUUCCAUUGUGCAGGGUGGAGAUUUUGUCAAUCGAAAUGGAACUGCUGGAGAAAGCAUAUAUGGUUCGAAGUUCCCAGAUGAGUCACCUAAGCUAAAGCAUGAUGCUACCGGACUUUUAUCAAUGGCAAUUGCAGACCGUGACACACUUGGUUCUCAUUUUAUUAUCACUUUGAAAGCUGAUCAUCAUCUUGAUAGGAAGCAUGUAGUCUUUGGGAAGCUUGUCCAAGGGCCUAACGUAUUGAAGAAAAUUGAAGAAGUGGGUGAUGAAGAAGGGCAUCCAACUGUAACAGUUAAAAUCAUUAAUUGUGGUGAAUAUAGCGAGGAUGGAAAGAAGGUAAAUAAAUCAAAAAUGGGAAAGAAUAAAAAAUCUUCAAAAGACAGAAGGAAAAGGAGAAAAUACUACUCAUCCAAAUCAGGAAGCUCUUCAGAUUCUGAUACAGAAUCUUCGGAAACUGAUAGUGAUUCUGAGUCAGAUAUGUCCUCAUCGUCUUACAUAAGUUCUUCCAGUGAUGACAGGCGAAGGAAGAGAAAGAGAUCUAAGAAAGAUAAAUAUAGACGGGAAAAAAGAAGAGAUAAACGUCGUGACAAGAAGCGAAGGAAAAAGGACAAGAGAUCAAAGCGUAAAUCAAAAAGGGAAUCCGGUAGUGACUCAGAUAGUGAGAGUAACAGUGACAGUAGCUCUGAAGGUGAAGGUAUUGGUGCUCAACAUAAAGGGCUGAAGCUUAAAGAUCAUUCUCAGAAAAAUGCUGAAACAAGGUCUGCCUUGGUUGCUGAGAAAGAUUUGCCUCCUGCGCAUCAUGAAAAGGAGGAAGUGGGUAUGCUAGAAAAUGAGGAAAAAUUCUCAAAGGAAAACGGAGAGCAACGCAGCAAUGGCAUUGGAGGAGCUGACUAUGGAUCUGACAGAAGUGAAGAGAGGCAGCCUGACGUUAUGGAUGAUCAUUCAGGCAAAACUAGGAGUCGAAGUGUGAGUCCUAAGCGACCCAUCAGUAAGAGUAUGAGUAUUAGUCCCAGGAGGAGUGCGAGAUUGAGCAAGAGCCCAAGUGUUACUCCAAAAAGGAGAUUGAGCAAGAGCCCAAGUGUUACUCCAAAAAGGAGAUUGAGCAAAAGUCCAAGUGUUAGAAGCCCUCCUCCAUCACAGAGGAGUUUGAGCAGAAGUCCCGCCAGAAGCAUCAGCAGGAGUCCAAGCAGAAGCAUCAGUAGAAGCCCAGUGAGAGGCAGGAAUGGGAGAAGUGUCAGUAGAAGCCCUGUGAGAGGCAGGAAUGGGAGAAGUGUCAGUAGAAGCCCUGUGAGAGUCAGGAAUGGGAGAAGUGUCAGUAGAAGCUCAGUAAGAGUCAGGAAUGGGAGAAGUGUCAGUAGAAGCCCAGUAAGAGUCAGGAAUGGGAGAAGUGUCAGUAGAAGCCCAGUGAGAGGCAGGAAUUGGAGAAGUGUCAGUAGAAGCCCAGUGAGAGGCAGGAAUGGUAGAAGUGUCAGUAGAAGCCCUGCGAGAACUCGUUCUCUUAGAAGUGUCAGCAAGAGCCCUGUAAGAUCCCAUUCUCGAAGUCACCGGAGCAGGAGUUCUCCUAGAGCACCAUCAGGAAAAAUUAUCAGCAAAAGCCCUGUAAGAGUAUUGAGAAAGAGUUUAAGCCGCAGUCCAGUUAGAUCACCUGCAAGAAGUUUAAGCCGAAGCUCUGGCAGGGUUCCUUCAAAGAAAAGCAUCAGCCGAAGCCCGGUCAGAGCACCUAGUAGAAGCAAUCGCCGCAGUUAUUCUAGGAGUCCUAGCCCUGUUCAUAGGACAAGGACUCCUCGUGGGAGGAGUGUGUCAAGGAGUGUAUCACCUGAUGCUUCACCAAAGCGUAUCAGAAGGGGAAGAGGUUUCAGUGAAAGAUACUCUUAUGCAAGAAGGUAUAGAACCCCCUCUCGGUCUCCUGUGAGGUCAUACCGCUACAAUGGAAGAAAUGACCGGGACAGAUAUUCUACUUACAGAAGGUUUUCCCCUAGGCGUUUCAGGAGCCCACCACCACGUGGAAGAACUCCCCCAAGGUAUCGAAGCAGGAGGAGCAGGACGCCAUCUGUUUCACGCAGUCCACGAUAUCGAGCCCGACGAUAUAGCCGAAGUAGGAGCCCGGUUCGCAGUCGUUCCCUAGUUGAUAGAUCCCGCCCCUCUCGUGUGGAGAGGCAUGCAUCUUCUUCUCGGAGCAGGAGUCCAUCAAAAUCCCGGUCUAGGUCCAGGUCAUCCGUGGAGUCUCCGCCAAGAGCAAGUAGAGACAGCAGGUCCAGGUCAUCGUCCAGAAGCCCUGAUGGAAAGCAAGGCUUGGUCUCAUAUGGCGAUGGUUCUCCAUACUAACGUGAAAGGUGAAAUAUGUGGUGCGGAGGGCUUUGGGUUACUGUAAUCUUCAAUGAGCUGCAGGCUUCAAUUUUUGAACUUCACCACCUGCAUUGCUUGAUGGAAUUCGUGAAUGACAAUCGUUUUCCCCCCUUUAUAGACAGCAAUGGCAUGUUGAAAACUUGAAAUAUUCUAGUCCUAGAAUAAGUUAAGACAAUAGACGGUACUUAUGACAUUAGGAUGCAGCCUUGGUUGUGAAGUUGUUGCGGUAUUUGUUGGAAUCGGAGACUCGGAUGCUGUUGCUCUACUUAUGCUUGGUUGGUUACGACCAGCAUUUGAGUUUGAAUUUAUAAAAUCAGGUCGCUUCGCUAGACCAUUUUUA